AUUCCCAAAAUUCCUACCAAGAAAAAAGUGAGGUUAUGGUAAUGUUAUUGAUAUUGCUCUUGCAUAAGGUUACAUCAUAACAAAUCAUCUUUUAAAUUGUUAUAUAUAUUUUUCUUUUCAUAUUAGCAAUCAAGAUAUUAUAAGCUCAUAAAUUGAAGUUCAAUAUUCAGUAUGAAUAAUUCAUUCUACAAUUUCUUCAAAAAUCUAUUUUCCCAACAUAACUCCAGUUCGAAUGAAAGCUCCAAGCUUCCUGAAAAUUAUGUGAAUGGCUUUCGUGAUCCAAUUUGGGAUACUUAUGAAACUGAUGAAUCAGAUGUGGAAUCCAGAGUGCCACAUGGAUCAAUGUUCAGCAUCUACAGUAAUCCUCUCGAGAUCCAUAGAUUCUUUGAGUCUAGAUUUGAUGAGAUGGAACAAAAAAUGAAUGAAAUGAUGAGAGAAUUUGCUACAUCUGAUAAUUUUGAUCAUUUUGCGUCUCUUUUCGGGAUGCCAUCUGUCACUCCGGCAAUUGAAGUACCACCAACUGCCCCAGCCCUUGAACCAUCAAAUAAGAACAUAAGGGAUGAACUUUUGAAGCCAGGAUUCAGAUCUGGGAAUUCGGCUGAGGAACGUGUUGAUAGUGAUCUAGAUGGCAGAAUUGCAUCAGAUGAAAUAGGCAGUCUGCUGGACAAGAAGAAAAGUAGUGAUAUAAGUUCGGCUGUAGCCCCUUUCAGCCCUUCUCCACCAACUGGUGGCUUCUCCUCCUCCUCCUUCUCUUCCUCGUUCAUUUCUCGGACAAUACGUCGUCCGGAUGGCACUAUUGAGCGAGAGGACAUCGUGAGGGAUGGAGCAGGCAACGAAAAGAGAACUGUGACUCUGAAGAGUCCCAAUGGCGAAGAAACAACAGUCACCACCGAAAUACCUGCUUCAGGAGAGCCAAAGCCAAUCACUGGUAGAGGAAAAUUGUUGUGUUCAUCAAGGGACUUGAGUAGCCCACUUCUUCGUAUUUGGGGAAAUAUUCGUCCGAUAAACGAAUUCUCUCAGUGAGGAAAAGUAUUAUUAUAGUUUCUAGAUGCACAUAUAUAUUAUUGUAUCAUAGUUAGGGCUAUUAAACUUAAAACUGAACUAGUAUUUACAGUGCUAACUAUGAAGUCGUUCCUUAGUCUCUCUGGUACUUUUAAAUACAUCAAUUCUUAUAAAAUUAGUUAUCGCACAAUCUCGGACUCAAUAGAUGAAUAUUGAAUAAUCUGCCUAUCACUCAAAUCAUCCAACCAUUUUAAUCAUUAGAAAGAUUUUCUCGCAAACUGCUGUCAUUUUUAUGUCAAAAAUAGGAUCUCAAGGAUUUCAUUCUUGAAUUCUUCUCAAAAUGAAAGCUAAAAUUGAGAUUUUUCCAUGUACAGAGUGUUUCUGAAGUAGACCGACAGACUUCAUGAGAGAUCUCUUUACAUCAAAAUAAAAAACACUCUCCAGUAAACAUUGGUAUUAAAAUGCUGUGUUACUGAGAUAAUAAUGUCGAAUAAAACCAAUAAGAAGUAUGUAACUUCAAUGAUUGUUGAGAUAGUGAGAAAAAUAAGUCAAACCCCAUAAUUUUCCUAUUCAAAAAGGUUAUAACUAGGAUACUUUGAGGGUAUUUUCAAUCAAAGGGAAUAGUAGAUUAUUAA